GGAAAGAUCUGCACCUGCAUUUCAGUCGUGGCUCCACCAUGGAUUAACCACCAUCUCCCAUCCUUGGAGGUGACCCCUCACCUCUGCUUCCUGAGGGUGUCAGAGGCCCUGCGAUCCACUGGCUGAAGACGGGUGCAGAAGAAAAGCAGGCAGUGGACCCUGGCUGCUCCCACAGGCCUCUUGAAAGAAAUUUGCCAGCCCUGGGCAUUGGCCCCUUGCCGGCUGUUCACAGGCUCCUGGCCUCCAGAUACUUUGAAUAAGAAGCCUUGUCAGGUGGGGCAAAGGCAGGUCUCAGAGAUCUCUGGGCACGCCCCCUGCUCAGGACCCAGAAAGCUCCCGAGUGCUUGCUGGAUGGUUAGGGUAUUUCUCCUCUCUAAAGGCAGAGACUGCCUAGUAGCCAGUCAAGAGAUCAAUGCACCUUGUCCAGCAAGAGAAACUUCACAUACUGUCACCCAGAAGACAAUACGCUUGCUGCAUCAAAGGGAGAGGACGCCCCGCCUCAAAAUUAGGCCAGCUCCUUUGGAAAGAAAGAGUUAACCCUCCUCCAGCUCACGCUGGCCCAGCACACACUGCCCCCAGGGCAGGUGGGUUAGCAGUCAGGAUCCUUCUGUGCUCAGCUGCAGGGGAACCACCUCUCUAAAAAGUGAGGUUCCAGAACAGUUGGGACCUGCAGACAAGGAACUCUCCCCAGCAGAGGGCUGACACCCAGAGGGGCUUCCAAGUGCAGGUUAAGCUUGCUUUAGUUUCCAUUAAAGGGGGUAGGAAGGAACCACUGUUUUUUGGUCUCUGUCUCUUGGUAACCAGAAAUUUCCACCUCACUGUUUGCUUUAAAAGAACCGAAAUUAGGCAUAACCUAGAGAAGGGAGACACCCUAAUCCGGCAAGUGCCUGAAAUUCAGCUCAAGGAAAAAGUGCAGCAGGGCCCCUCGGGUCAGGAGAGAGCAUUUAAUGAGCACUAGCUGUGUGCGCCAUGCUCAUUGCCAGGCAUUCCCAUGUGCGGUCCUGUUCCAUUUAAUCGCCAAAACCCCUGGGAGGUAGAUAACAACAGCCCUUGUUGUUAGUAGUAUUUGCAUGAGAUUUUCAGAUUAGGGGCUCAGAAGAGGUUCUGGUGGUGGCCCUCAGCCAGGAGGAGGCCCGACGGGUUUCCCAAGCCUCUUGUGUCCAGAUUCCCUGCACGGGAGCUGCUGGACUGAGGAUCUAGGGAAGCAGGAUGGAGGUCCCAGAGAGAGCUGGACCCCAACUCCCAGUUUCGGGUGGUAAAAGGCAGGCAGGGGUGGCUCGGAGUUGAUAGGGGCCGAGCACCGGAAUGGGAAGCCAAUCCCGCAGCCGUCGGCGCAGGGUGGAGCGAGCGCACUGGGAGUGGCGGCUGGUCGGGGCGGAAGAAGGGCUGUCAAGUUCGUCUUCCCAGGCGGGUCCUGGCUCCGCCCGCCGCACCCACACCCGGGCGCCGGCGGUCCCUUUAAGAGGUCCCGGCCUUCCGCCCGUGCGUCUGGGGCCGCGCGCCGCCGCCAUGGCCGCGCCGUGGCUGGAGGACAGGCUGACCUGUGCCAUCUGCCUGGGGCUCUACCGGGACCCGGUGACGCUGUUCUGCGGCCACAACUUCUGCAGGGCCUGUAUCCAGGACUGGUUGGGCCGCAGCGAGAAGGUGUGCCCCGAGUGCCGGGAGCCCUUCCCCGACAGCGCCGAGCUGCGCCGCAACGUGGCUCUGAGCGGCGUGCUGGAGGAUCUGAGCGGCGUGCUGGAGGAUCUGCGCGUCCGGCCGGCGCCCGAACCCGGCCCCGGCGCGUGCUGCCCCCGGCACGGGAGGCCGCUCGAGCUUUUCUGCCGCACCGAGGGCCUCUGCGUGUGCAGCGUGUGCACCGUGCGCGAGUGUCGCCUCCACGAGCGUACGCUGCUGGACGCCGAGCGCCGAGAGCGCGAGGCCCAGCUGAGAGCCACACUGGAGGUCACCCAGCAGCAGGCCACCCAGGCUGAGAGCCAGCUACAGGAGCUGCAGCAGCGAAGCAGCCAGAUCCAGAGCUCAGCCUGCACCCUGACCUCCGUGAUCUCUGGCAAGUUCAACCGCCUGCUGCAGGCCCUGGAGAUGCAGCGGGACUUGGCCCUGAGGAACAUCGAGGUGGCCAAGACACAGGCGCUGGAACAGGCCCGGGACGAGAAACAGCGACUGCAGGGCCACCUGGAGGCCUUGUCUUGCUGUGACCACAGGAUUCGCAACCUCCUGGAGCAGUUGGACGACCGGACCUUCCUCCAGGAAUCACAGCUCCUGGCGCCCCCAGGCCCGCUCGGGCCACUGACUCUCCCGCACUGGGACGAAGAUCAGCAGCUGGGCGGCCUGAAGGAGUCCCUGAGCCAGCUGUGUGCCCUCCUCCUGGAAGAGGGGGGCCACCCCGGAGCACCAGCCGAGGCUGCUGACUUUGGCUCCAUGGAGGCCCCGGGUCCCCCGGCACCAGUCGCGAGCCUCGUCUGUCCACUGAGGAGGAAACUCUGGCAGAAUUAUCGCAACCUGACCUUCGACCCCAUCAGCGCCAACCGUCACUUCUACCUGUCUCAGCAGGACCGGCAGGUAAAGCACUGUCGCAAGCCCCGGGGCCCAGAUGGGCCAGGCAGCUUCGAGCUCUGGCAAGUGCAGUGUGCCCAGAGCUUCCAGGCCGGGCAGCACUACUGGGAGGUACGUGUGUCCAACCACUCGGUGACGCUGGGCGUUGCCUACUCAGAACUAACGAGGCGCAAGCUGGGGCCCCACACGGACAACAUCGGCCGUGGGCCCAGCUCCUGGGGGCUCUGCAUUCAGGAGGACAGCACCCAGGCCUGGCACAACGGGGAGGCCCGGCGCCUCCCGGGGGUAUCAGGGCGGCUCCUGGGCAUGGAUUUGGACCUGACCUCUGGCUGCCUCACCUUCUACAGCCUGGAGCCCGAGACCCAACACUUGUAUACCUUUCAUGCCAUCUUCUCCCGGCCCCUCCACCCCGUUUUCUGGCUCCUCGAGGGUAGGACCCUGACCCUGUGCCAUCGGCCCGAGGCCAAGCUCCCUCCAGGGCUCCAGGAAGAGGCCUCAGGGCUCAGCUGAGGAAGGCACGGGAUGGAGCUCAGGGUCAGGACCGGGUGCCACCAGGCCUGUGGGCCCAAGAACUGCCCCAGCCCCUGGCCUGGGGGCCUGAGGCCACAGCUCUAACGGGACCAGUUGGUGGCCAGAAGACCGAGUCAGGACCAGGCUGGGCCACUUGGAGAGAGAGGUGGGUGGAGCCUCCAAACUGGAGUUUACUUUUCCAGCCUCUCUGAACGGGACAGGGGCUAAAGGAAGUAAAAUGGGAGCCCAGUUCUAGGCACUGCCUGGACCUCAGAGGCUAGUGCAGUGCCCAGGGCUCCUGGUCCUUCAGGAGAGCGAGUGUGGUGCGGGACACACCACAGGGUGGGACAGACAAAAUCAUACAUGCAACAGCCCCAGAGGAAAAAACGAUUCCUAGAGGAAAUCUUGGGAAAAUUGAUAUUUACCUUUUCCCUCCUCAUCUUUCUCUCUUUUCUUUUUGUUAUUUUCCUUAACAUUUCGUAUAGUUUGGUCUUUUUUUCUUUUACUUUGUACAUCCUUGUGAUCGUAUUCUAUAAACAAUUGUGUUUUCUGCGUGUUUUACUUAACAAGCAUUUUUCACAUUGUUAUAAACUUUUCUCUGAAUGACUACAGUAUAGACAGUCAUUCUAAUGACAAAGACAAAUUCUAAUCAGAAUUUGUUUACCCAUUAUUGGACAUUCAAAACGUUUUAUUUGAGGGCUCUAAAAAUAUGGCCGUGAUGACUGUUUUUGAACAGGAAGCUUUGGCCAUAUUUAUUGUUACGUACGUAGGCUACAUUUCCUAAAGAGGAAUUGCUCAACAGAGAAACAAUGAACACUUGAAGAUUUUUUAUUUUUAUACAAAGGACCAAAAUAAAGAAACCUUGAGUCAGACCAGCUAGUGCCCCUGCCCCCCCAUCCCACCAGGCAAGUUGUUGUGGCAGAGCCUCAGCUGCCGUCUUCCCCACCUUAUCCCCAGCGGGGGUGUGGGGAUUAAGCACAGUCAUUCGUGUAGGUGCCCGCACACUGCCAACUCCUUUUAUUUUGGUUUUUGCUCUUUGGAACAUGUUUCCGCGAAGAUCCUUGUACAUGUUUUUGCUUGUGUUUCUGGAAGUGAGGGUGCUGGGCCAUAGGGGAGCAGUCGUUUUGUACUUGAAAUGUUCCACUUCUUGAUCUGGGUGGUGGUUCCAAGGGUGUUUGCUUUAUAACUUUUCCCACUGCACACACAUGUUUUAUGUACUCACGUGUAAGUAUCUGACAAUAAAAGUUUUAUUAAAGGAUAA